AUGCCCUCCCUAACAGUAGCAGUCUCCCAGUCGCGCACCCUCUCCACCCUCCCCGAAACCCUCUCAGCCCUGGAACGAACUACCGUCCUCGCCAGCCGACGCGGCGUCCACCUCCUCCUCUUCCCAGAAGCCUAUCUAGGCGGGUACCCACGAACAUGCUCCUUCGGCGCAGCAGUGGGAUCGCGCGACCCGCUCGGCCGAGAACAGUUCCUGGCGUAUUUCAAGGCCGCCGUGGAUCUGGGCGAUACGCCCGCCGGCGCCGGCGAUGAUUGGGUUCAGCGGAAUCUGGAGGUGGCGCCCGGCAAGUCGCAUCGUGGCGACGGGACGCGAGAGUUUUUGGAGAGGGUUGCGAGCGAAACGGGGGUUUUUUAUUGUUACGGGGUUGGUGGAGAGGGCGGGUGGGAGUUUACCGGCUCGGAGCGACUCAUCUGGGCCCAAGGCUCCCCCUCCACCCUCCGCGCCGUAACAACAACCCUCAACGGCAUCCCGCUGACCCUUGCCUCGGCCAUCUGCUGGGAGAACUACAUGCCGCUCCUGCGCCAGAGCCUGUACUCACAGAACGUGAACAUCUACCUGGCUCCCACGGCGGAUGCGCGUGAUACCUGGCUGCCGCUUAUGCGGACUGUCGGCGGGGAGGGCAGGUGUUUUGUGCUCUCGGCGAACCAGUGCGUGAGGAAAGACGAGCUGCCCGAGUGGGUUUGUGGUGUGGCAGACCCAGAGAACAGGGCGCAGGUUCAAGCGGAGAAUAAGACUCAGCCUCAGAUUCAGGCAGGGGGGAGGAAAAUGUCUGUUACGGCGGAGGGACCGCAUGAGAUUGUUUGGCCGCAGGCUCAGGUUGAACAAGAGGAUCAGCCCUUGAAGAGGCGUAUGUCUAUUUCUUCCCCCCCCCUAACUAUACACCUUCAAAGACUAAGACUAUAUACAUUGCUAACUCUCACGCUAGAAUCAUCAUCAGACUACAUCUGUCGCGGCGGCAGCUGCAUCAUCUCGCCCCUGGGCGACGUCCUCGCCGGCCCCAUCUGGGAAGUCUGCACAGACGACGCGCCCGACAGCCCCGACGCAGCGGUCAUCACGUCGCCCGGUGCGCCCACCACAGAGGCAGGUAAGAACGCCGUUGCGGCUGGCGACGGACUGGCCAUUGCGAAGAUUGAUCUGGAUGAUUGCGAGCGUGGCCGAUUGGACCUCGAUGUUGCGGGGAGUUAUUCGCGCAGUGAUGCGUUUAAGCUGAGUGUGGAGGGAUUGGAUCUUGCACCGCCGCCGGUGUAA